UAGGGUUUCUAACGUUGAAGAUUGAACACUUUUCGAACCUCAAAAUCUCUCUGUUGCCGGAGAUAUCAUUCACCGAAACUCAAAGAGGAGAGAGAAGAGUUAGAAGCAAUGGAGGGAACAGAUGAAGCUGGUGCGGAGAUAGCGAUUGAUUCAAAGGACUUGCAGCAACAAAGCAAAGCUUUCGACAAGCUUACCGAUCGUGUCGAGGAUCGCCAGCUCGAUUCGUCUCGUGUUCAAUCGGCUAUGGCUUCGAUUGCUGCUUCUAGGGAAGCUGAUCUGAAUGCUAAGAGAUUGAGGGAGAAAGAACUGGCUUCUGUGAAGAUCAAUCCUGAAGAUGUUGAGAUUAUUAUGAACGAACUAGAGCUGGAAAAAAAUGUGGUGGAAAGAACCCUAAGGGAGCACAAAGGGGAUGCAGUUGCUGCGACUAGGGAAUUGCUUUCUCGAUAUCCUCUAUGAUGGGCCAUCUUUCUUUCUUUUUCUUACUUCCAAGGUUUUUUUGUUUGUGUGAGAGAGGUUGAGAGAUCCAAGUCUCCAAAUAUUUAAUUGAGUUGAAGUUGUCUAUUACUGAAUCAAUCUCUCUUAAGAUGCCCUGAAUACAGAUACAAUUAAUUCUGGGGUGAUGUUUUGUGUUUCUAUCUUAUUAUCAAGAACUUUUAAGAAAGUUGUUCCGGAUUUACUU